CUCCCAAACUCUUUCAUAAUGUGUUCAAAUGCUCCCAAACUCUUUCGUUUCUUGUUUGUUUAACUUUUGCUAGGUUUGUUCCUCGGAGUACUUGUUUCCAACCUUCUCACGAAGUCUCGACCCGCACCCUACACCGAGCCAUGUCAGUCCUUACCUUGGGCGCCGCCGCUAGCUGGCCGGAGGCCGUUGUCCAGGGCCUCCUCUUCAUCCUCGCCGCGGGCAUGCUCGUCGCCCUGCACUCCCUCCCCCGUCGCGUUGCUCACCGCCUCCGACGCAGGGCCGGCAGCUCCUCCGCCGCGCAGUCGCGCCGGCACUUCGCGCUGGGCGCCCAGCUCCUCGCCCGCGCGCGUGCCGCCGCGCCCAAGCCACCGGGCCCGCUUGCCCGCGCGGCCGUCGCAGAGGCGGACCGCGCCAUCGCGCUCGACCCCCGCGACGCCGCGCCGCUGAUCCUCAAGGCCCUCGCCCUCGACCUCCAGGGCCACCGCCUCCCCGCGCUGCGCACCCUCGACGCCGCCCUCGCGCCGCCGCUCGCGCGCUCCCUUGAGCCGAGGGAGCGCGGGGACGCGCUCGCCAAGCGCGCCGAGCUCGCGCUAGCGCUCAACCGCCGCCGCCGCCUCGACCAGGCCGCGGCGGAUCUGGCCGAGGCAGUCCGCCUUAGCCCCGAGAACCCCCGCGCUCAUGCUCUACUCGGCGAGUGCUACGAGAGGAAGGGCCUCACUGCCGAAGCCAGGAGGUCCUUCAAGACCGCCGCGUCCCUUGACCCAUCUCUGGCUACUGCGCGCGACGGCCUCCGUCGGACAGGCGGGGGCAGCGAUGGCAACGAGAGUGAUUAAUGACCUGUUGCUGGGCAAGCAUUUGUAACUGUUGUUGUAUAUUUCGGGGUGGAAUGAACGAUCCCCUUUAAGACCAAAAAUGGUAAAUGUUUCAUGUAUAAUGCUGUGUGGCUUUGCUGUAGUUGCUUACCUUGAAGAUAUGUUACUUACUUAUGGUCCACUGUUGUUGAUUAACUGAAUAUGCUAUUUUAGUACAAUGGAGAUAUGAUUUAUGACUUGAA